AUGAACAAAUUCACAUUAUCAUUUAAUUCUAAGGAUUUAGAAUUAAAAUACUAAGAAAAUAGAUAGAAAUUUACAAUUCCUGUUUUCAAAGGCAUAAGUCUAAUCAGCUUUAUUAUUUGUGUUCUUAGAUCAAUACUAUCGUUCAUUUUCUAAGAAUACAUAACUCUCUACAUCUUUUUAGGCCUUGCAAUCUUGGUACUCAUCACAACUUUUGUAAUACUCUAUUAUAAAAAAUCCUGGAUAGAUAGCUACCUCAUUUUUAUAAAUCACAUUCUAAUGGUAUAUUAAAUAACCGUAAAUUCUGGUUAUGACUUUUAAGAAGCCUAUCUCUUCGGUUAAAUGAUGAUGAUAUUACAUGUGGUUAUAAUGCUUAUAUCAGAUUUCAAGUUUGCCAUAAUCUAACUAAUAAAUAAUCUUAUAAUAAAAAUUAUCAUAGCUGAAAUUAGUGAUGGAUAAAUAUCACUUUAAACUUAUUUAUAUACAUUUUUGAUUGCAUUAAUGGCUAUCUUUGUAUUAUAGAGAACUAAUAAAUAAUAUAGACAAUCAUUCCUAUUCACAAUUAAUGAUAAUUCUUAAGGUAGUUUUAAUAUUAUCAUUAGAAUCCAAGAAAUGAUUAUUCCUUUAUUACUUGAUGAUCCUUUUGCUUAUUUUACAUUUGAUUAGAAUCAUUUGUCAUUUUAAAUUAAACUUUCUAAUUUUUCAGAUUUUACUUAAUUCAAUCCAUUCAAAUAAAAUUAACACAACCUCAAAGCCUUAUUAAGAAAGUAUAUGAUAUUUGGAACUUCUUUAGAAGACUUUAUUUUUAAUAGAUUCAAUACACACAAUAAAAAAUUUUUGGUAAACAAAAUCUUAGAAUUAAAUAAUAAAAAAAAACCCAAUGAAAAAUUAAUCAUUAAAUAUUCUGAAUUUUAUAUAACAGAAUUGAUGUUCAUGAUUGUAAUUGAUCAAAAACAAUAAACUAUUUUAUCUUAAAAAUAAAAAGUUUAAAAAUUAGAAAAAGGAUUUUAGGUUUUUAGCAAUGGCAUAAAUAAAUUCUUGAAGGUUUAGCUUAAUUUAAUUAAUAAAUCUAAUUAUGAUAGUCACUCAUUUUAUAAAAUGUAAACAAAAUUAAUGUAUAUUUUAUCGAAAUUUUCAAUCUCAAAAAAUUAAGAACUUUCCUCUUGUAAUAUUAACUCUAAAAUAAAAGAAUUUAUAAUAUUAUACCAAAAAGCAUAUAGUAUUCAAAUUUAAUGUUACUAUCAUAUAGAACAUGAUUUUUUAAUAGUUACUAUGAAACAAAUGCUUAAUAAUUUGCUCACAAAAUUAAUGACAUUUUUGUCGAGACUUAAUGAUAAUUAAAUAUCAAUAGAAAUUUCUUCUGAACAAAAUUAUAUUGACAUAAUAAUUUACGUUAAAUCUGUCACUGCCUUUCAUAUAAAACUGUAAAAAAAAAUCCAUUUCAGAAAAAUUUUAAAAUAAAUUGGACCAUUUGAUACAUUAAUAGUCAAAUAGGAAAGUAAAAUUAAUUUUUAAAUUUAGGCGUAAUUAUUCGUUUAUACAAAAAUAUGGAAAGCUUAGAUANUACCUCAUUUUUAUAAAUCACAUUCUAAUGGUAUAUUAAAUAACCGUAAAUUCUGGUUAUGACUUUUAAGAAGCCUAUCUCUUCGGUUAAAUGA